CUGGUGAGUGCGCGCGGGGCCGGGGGUCGCGGUCCCUCGGGAGGGGGCUGAGCUGAGGCCCGCGGACCCACCCGAGCAGGGGCCCUCGCUGUCACCGCCUCUGCCUCUGCCCCUCUCUCCCGGGCUCCAUGCCGCGCCCUUUCCCUAAAUGAACAGACGACAGGGCUGACCUGCCCGCACUCUGCUGGUCUCUACGCCGGGAAGGAGAAAGUCUCACGAAGCGCUUUCCUUUGCAAUCCCCGUCCCCUCGCCCUCUGCAGCUGCACACAGCAUUUUUACUUCACGUUUGCCUCCUCGAAUCCCUUCGGCGCUAAUCCAGCCCUUUGCCGUUUCCAGUUUGGUUUUCAUCUUUUUCUCGCGCGCCCUGGCUGUGCUCCGAAACACCCUCCUCUUGCCCUAAGGUGGCCGGCACCAGACUCCUUGGGUCUGGCCUGAUUUGUAUCCAAACCGAAUUACCCAAAACUAGGCCCUCAGUUCUGCCUCUGGCCCUCUCUCCGGAGACCGGCCGUGCCUCCUCCUGUGCCGGGCCGGGCUUGCCCGGCUUUGGCUGCCCCGAGCUCCCAGGGAGCGAGGCUGUGGUCCCGAGACUGGGCCCUCCGCUCAGUGCCGGGCAAGGCUCGAACCCCGGGUCUCCUACUUCUCGGCUCACGAAGGGACUGGUCAGAGCCUAACAGCCCUAAAAUUUGGUAUUGGCCCCCUGCCGGGAAAUCCUUCUCCCUGCUAAUCAGGCAUCGCGGCAGCUGCUCUGCCAUCACAGAGGUUCUGACACUCUGGACUCUCGAAGCUCGCGGCAGUGUUUAUUUUUACGAGAGAUUUAGUUGAUCAGGAACCAAUUGACUUGGUUAACUGCCUCAUCUAGAGCGCACCUGCGCCGGGCUCAGCCGGGAAGGCGUGCUGGACGUUCUCAAUGAGCUCCGAGACCUACAGAAGAAACAGCUGCAAGGAUCCGAUCUGCUAACUGUGAAAAAAGCCUCCGAUACGCUGUAGGGCCAAGGAGCGAGCUCUACCUUCUCUAGCUCUCAGCCCCAGUAAUCAAGGUUUCAGUGAACUUCACUGGAGCUCCCAGUGGGGGAUCUUGUCCCCUGUCCUGACUUUUGUGCUGCACAUUGGAUCUGGUAACACUCAGGAAAUGCUUGUCUCCUGCUAUUAAUGAAUGAUUUCAGAGUACUAUGGAUCAUGCUGAAGAAAAUGAAAUCCUUGCAGCAACCCAGAGGUACUAUGUGGAAAGGCCUAUCUUUAGUCAUCCGGUCCUCCAGGAAAGACUACACACUAAGGACAAGGUUCCAGAUUCCAUUGCGGAUAAGCUGAAACAGGCAUUCACAUGUACUCCUAAAAAAAUAAGAAAUAUCAUUUAUAUGUUCCUACCCAUAACUAAAUGGCUGCCAGCAUACAAAUUCAAGGAAUAUGUGUUGGGUGACUUGGUCUCAGGCAUAAGCACAGGGGUGCUUCAGCUUCCUCAAGGCUUAGCCUUUGCAAUGCUGGCAGCUGUGCCUCCGAUAUUCGGCUUGUACUCUUCAUUUUAUCCUGUUAUCAUGUAUUGUUUUUUUGGAACCUCCAGACACAUAUCAAUAGGUCCUUUUGCUGUUAUUAGCCUGAUGAUUGGUGGUGUGGCUGUUCGAUUAGUACCAGAUGAUAUAGUCAUUCCAGGAGGAGUAAAUGCAACCAAUGGCACAGAGGCCAGAGAUGCCUUGAGAGUGAAAGUCGCCAUGUCUGUGACCUUACUUUCAGGAAUCAUUCAGUUUUGCCUAGGUGUCUGUAGGUUUGGAUUUGUGGCCAUAUAUCUCACAGAGCCUCUGGUCCGUGGGUUUACCACUGCAGCAGCUGUGCAUGUCUUCACCUCCAUGUUAAAAUAUCUGUUUGGAGUUAAAACAAAGCGGUACAGUGGAAUCUUUUCAGUGGUGUAUAGUACAGUUGCUGUGUUGCAGAAUGUUAAAAACCUCAACGUGUGUUCCCUAGGCGUCGGGCUGAUGGUUUUUGGUUUGCUGUUGGGUGGCAAGGAGUUUAAUGAGAGAUUUAAAGAGAAAUUGCCGGCGCCUAUUCCUUUAGAGUUCUUUGCGGUGGUAAUGGGAACUGGCAUUUCAGCUGGGUUUAACUUGAAAGAAUCAUACAAUGUGGAUGUCGUUGGAACACUUCCUCUAGGGCUGCUACCUCCAGCCAAUCCGGACACCAGCCUCUUCCACCUUGUGUACGUAGAUGCCAUUGCCAUAGCCAUCGUUGGAUUUUCAGUGACCAUCUCCAUGGCCAAGACCUUAGCAAAUAAACAUGGCUACCAGGUUGACGGCAAUCAGGAGCUCAUUGCCCUGGGACUGUGCAAUUCCAUUGGCUCACUCUUCCAGACCUUUUCAAUUUCAUGCUCCUUGUCUCGAAGCCUUGUUCAGGAGGGAACUGGUGGGAAGACACAGCUUGCAGGUUGUUUGGCCUCAUUAAUGAUUCUGCUGGUCAUAUUAGCAACUGGAUUCCUCUUUGAAUCAUUGCCCCAGGCUGUGCUGUCCGCCAUUGUGAUUGUCAACCUGAAGGGAAUGUUUAUGCAGUUCUCAGAUCUCCCCUUUUUCUGGAGAACCAGCAAAAUAGAGCUGACCAUCUGGCUUACCACUUUUGUGUCCUCCUUGUUCCUGGGAUUGGACUAUGGUUUGAUCACCGCUGUGAUCAUUGCUCUGCUGACUGUGAUUUACAGAACACAGAGUCCGAGCUACAAAGUCCUUGGACAGCUUCCUGAAACUGAUGUGUAUAUUGAUAUAGACGCAUAUGAGGAGGUGAAAGAAAUUCCUGGAAUAAAAAUAUUUCAAAUAAAUGCACCAAUUUACUAUGCAAAUAGUGACUUGUAUAGCAAUGCAUUAAAACGAAAGACUGGAGUGAACCCAGCAGUCAUCAUGGGAGCAAGGAGAAAGGCCAUGCGGAAGUAUGCUAAGGAAGUCGGAAAUGCAAAUAUGGCCAACGCGACUGUUGUCAAAGCGGAUGCAGAAGUAGAUGGAGAAGAUGCUACCAAGCGGGAAGAAGAGGAUGGUGAAGUAAAAUAUCCCCCAAUAGUGAUCAAAAGCACAUUUCCUGAGGAAAUGCAAAGAUUUAUGCCCCCAGGGGAUAACAUCCACACUGUCAUUUUGGAUUUCACUCAAGUCAAUUUUAUUGAUUCUGUUGGAGUGAAAACUCUGGCAGGGAUUGUAAAAGAAUAUGGAGACGUUGGUAUAUAUGUAUACUUAGCAGGAUGCAGUGCACAAGUUGUGAAUGACCUCACUCGGAAUAGAUUUUUUGAAAAUCCUGCCCUAUGGGAGCUGCUGUUCCACAGCAUUCAUGAUGCGGUUUUAGGCAGCCAACGUAGAGAGGCACUUGCUGAACAGGAAGCCUCGGCUGCCCCUCCCCAGGAGGACUUGGAGCCCAAUGCCACUCCUGCCACUCCUGAGGCAUAGAUGAGGACCUCACCCUAGGAUGGGGUUAUAAGCCUCUCGUGAAGUUCAUAAUUUACACGUUUUAAAUACUAGACACUAGAUUUUUUUUUUUCCUAAGGGUAAAUACUAGUAGUCGAGGCUUGAUUUGGAGGGUGAAUGACGCCUAGCAAGAUGUAUCGUACUUGUGUUUUUUUAAUUGAACAUUUCAAAGAUAAAUUGGCCUGUUGCCUGCAUUUAUUAUGGAGAGGCAUUUCUGCUACAUUUUAGUAUUAUCUUUGUAAGCUAAGCACUGAAAAAUUUAUUUCAGUUAAGUACUUUUAACCUAUGAAUAGGAUAUGCUGUCGCCAGAUAAUUAGUGGUUCUUUGUUUUUGUACUUGUUGGUCUACAGACUGUCUGUAACUAGUUAUGUAACAGAAGAAAGAAACUGCAAUUUUCUAGAAGUUCUUGUUUUAAAAUAACCUUUUAUUUAUUAUAGAAGCAAUAUAAAUGCAUUGAGGACAUUUUUGAAAAAAUAGACAAGCAAAAAUAAGAAGAUAAAACAUUGUAUUUCCACCAGAGAUUACCACUGUUAACAUCUUAAUGUCCUUCCAGAUCUUUUUCCAUGCAUAUACAUUUACAUUUUUAACCAAAGUAAGACCACAUCUAUAGUGUUUUAUAACCGAUUUUUCUUUAAUCAACAAUCUCCACUUUCUCAUUCCAGCACAUUUUUUUGCCUUAGACCAUAUUUAAAUUUCCCCAAUUGUCCCCAAAUUUGCAGUUGGUUUGUGCAAACUGAUAUUCAUUCUAUGACCUUACGUUGCAACUGGUCAUGUCCUUUAAAGUCCCUUACGUCUAUUUUAAUCUAGCACGGUUCCUUUUUUAUGACAUUGACUUGUUAAAGAGACUGGGGCAGCUGUCCUGUAGAAUCCUGUCUUGUGAAUUUGCCUAGUUGCUUUUUCAUGGUGUUGUUUAACUUAUUUUUAUAUUGCCUUUACUGCCUGCAAUCUGAAAGUUAUAUCUAAAGCCUUUAUAGAUUCAAAUUAGAGCAUUUUGUGCUAGAUUAUAUCAUAGAUAAGAUACAUGCUUCAUAUUGCAUCACUUCAGAAAACAUGUAAUAUCUAAUUGAUGUACCAUUAACUAAUCUAGUGAUCUAAGCUAGAUGAGUGGAUCAGCAUGAGUCUGAUCCUCCAGUUAGAUUUUCCCCUUUGUGACUACAGACUUAUCUGUGUGGUAUUCCUUUGGCAUUGAAUGAAUGUCCAGUCCCCCACUAGCCAUUUACCAGGAGUUUUAACAUUGGGUGGUAAUUCUUUGCUAAAUCAUUAACUUUAUUAAGGUUUGUGAGUAGGUUGUCUAGUUCUUUCAUUUCUUCUGCAUUUAUUAGUUGAUUGUUCUAUGUGAACUAUAACUUUCCCUUCUCCACUUGAGCUGUUGGUCAUCCUUACCCACCUAUAGUUCUACUAGCAGGGCAGGUUGAAUGCUUUAUUAUUUUCAUUUAAUUAUGAACUUCAAAGUAAAUAACUGGUUUAUUAGAUGGUGACAAAUUAGUGGGGUUUUUUUAGAGUUCCCUUUUCUGGUGUGAUGGUGGUCUUGUGAAUUUUGAAAGUUUUAAUGGGUUUCAAUCCAUUAUGUUCUUUUUGAUGCUCAAAGUGUCAUGACUGUGGCCAGUAUAAGUCCUUAAAAGCUUUGUUAUUGUUGCUACACAUGAAGUAGCAUUAAAGACCAUGUUUUUAAGAAAACUAACCCCCAGGUGUAACUUAAAUCUUCCUUAGAAGUUCAUAACAACUAUCAGUUCAUUACACAUCAAACUCAAUGUUCAGCCUAGGAAUAAGCAUAAUGCUCAUCAUACUCAUUCCACAGAAACAUGGAAUGUCAAAGGUUGGAGGAGGAUACCUUUAAACCAAUUUGUCACUUUCAGUUGUUUGUAACUAUCAGCUCACUAUAAAUCAAAGCAUAGGUAUUAGCCAACCUGUCUAAAGCCUGCUCUGCUAAGAGUUCCUGCUGAUAGUGAGUUUGUUUUUUCUUUAAUAUGUUGUCUUAUUGACAUCUUGUUAUAGUUUUCAUGAAUAAGAUACUGCCAGGAGAAAGUAGUCAGAUCCCAGUGGAAUUGUUAGCAUGGCCUACUUGCAACCAAACCCUGUGUAUGUGUUCAUGUUAACUCCUAUCAGGUUUCUCACUGUCUUUACUAAUUUAAUUCAAAAUAAACUCCUCCUUUUAAUCAAAACUUUA